UGGCAUUCACUAUAUGCAGAUGUGACUAUUUUUUUGUACCACCAUUAUAUACACGAAUGGACCGUUCUACCGUUCUACGACGCAUACGUUUUGUAUGUUAUAUAUUUGUGUUUUCCCAUACCCGCCCUUCGAGCUCCGUUUAUAUUGGCGUCAUUUGUGUCUAUUACAUACCUUAUUAUUAUUUACUUUUACACUCUUGAAAGUGAAUUCAUUAGUUUUCAACAAGCCCCAUAUAUGAUCGUGGAGAUUCUGCACAUUACAUGCUGUCACUUGGUAGGGUUAUUCUAUCGCUUGCUGAACGAGAUUACGGUACGCUCGUCGUUUAUUGAUCGGCAUCAGUAUGUAAUGGAGGAGAUUUGGCUGCGAGAGGCAAAGAAUAAGGAGAAACAAUUGCUUCACGGCAUUUUGCCUCCUGACAUAGCACGGCCAUUCGAGAAAGAAAUACGCUAUCGCAUCACGAAAACCAACAAGAUACACAGCGAAUAUCAAAGCAGUAACUUAAACCAAGGCAUUAUGGCCCUUCAAUUCCAUCCGGAUGUGACUAUUCUGUAUGCCGACGUUGUCAACUACACGCAUCUCACUACGACACUCACUGUCAAUGCUCUGGUGGCAUUGCUCCACGAUCUCUAUGGUAGAUUUGACGUGGCUGCGCGUAUCUUU